GAGAAUCAAAAUAAACAAAAACUUUAUGAUUUAGUUGAAAUGUGAUUUGUAUUUAAUGCAUUAUUUGCUUAUAUUUUAAAUUACAGCAAUCAAAGAAAAUUACUGUUUGAAUUCAAGGAUAAAAAUGGACAAAUACGAAGUAAUUGGAACACUUGGGGAAGGAUCCUUUGGCAGAGUUUAUAAAGCAAAAGAAUUGUCUUCUGGAUCUUUUGUUGCUUUAAAAGUAAUCAGUAAACGAGGAAGAUCUGCUAGAGAAUUAAAGGGCUUCAGAAGAGAAUGUGAAAUCCAAAGGGAUUUGCACCAUCCUAAUAUUAUUCAAAUGCUAGACUCCUUUGAAACAGAAAAUGAGAUUGUAGUCAUUACAGAGUUUGCUCAUAAAGAACUCACAGCCAUCUUAGGAAGAGUGGGUUAUCUACCUGAAGAUAAGGUGCAGAAAAUUGUAUGGGAUUUGGUUUCUGCUUUGUACUAUCUUCAUUCUAAUAGAGUUCUUCAUAGGGAUCUAAAACCUCAAAACAUUCUUCUUGAUAUGAACAACACAGCUAAACUAUGUGAUUUUGGAUUUGCAAGAAAUAUGAGCACUGGUACACAUGUUUUAACAUCUAUUAAAGGUACACCGUUAUAUAUGGCCCCUGAACUGAUAGACGAACAACCAUAUGAUUAUACAGCAGAUUUGUGGUCAUUGGGAUGCAUUAUUUAUGAACUUCUGAUGGGCACUCCACCAUUUUGCACCCCAUCAAUUCUACACCUGAUAAGGCUUAUUAGGCAUGAACAAAUUCAAUGGCCAACAUUUUUGUCAGACAGCUGUAUCUCUUUCCUAAAAGGAUUGCUACAAAAAAAUCCUUCAAAAAGACUGAAAUGGGACGAAAUUUUAGAUCAUCCUUUUGUAAAGAAUCACAUUAACAUCACUGAAAAUACAUCACCUGAAUCUCUAACAGUACCUCUUUCUCCAAGUGUUUUGCAUGCCAAAGAACAGCAACGCAGGGAAAGUAUGAAGAAUAAAGCUACCAGAAUCCCAUCAAAAACUAACGAACAAAGUUCGGCUAUUAAACCAGUUACAUCAAAAACCAGCAAAAAUUCUCAAGAAAAUUCAGCAGACGCUUUGAAAAAGUCUUCGAACCAGGACUCACAGAACAAUAAUCUGUUAGAAGACUCAACUAAAAGUCGUACAACAAGUAAUGUCAAUGCAAAAGGAAGUUCAUUGGAAAGCAGUUUUCAAAAUAUAAAUUUUAAUACCAGCAAGUCAAGAAAUGCUGAUGGAGAAAGCCAGAAAAGUCAAGAGAAAAGUCCAUUGAAAACAUUCAAUUUUAUUGAAGACAACCAACCGAUAGAAACCGAAGAAUGGAUAGUUUUUUUAACGCGAGCGAUACAGGAGGUGAUGAACGGCGAAAUGAUAUCGCUAACCCAGUCUACGCAGACUAACGUUCUAGUGUCGCCAUUACGAAAUCCGAAUGCCAGUCCAAAAGUGUUGAGCUUCGUGGCGAGACUGUUGUCUAUACCUUUCGUUGUAAAGGGAAUAUCUACAGAUUGUUUAUUGCAGAUUAGAAAGGUUUACCUUGAAGUAAAACUUGUUCCAAACUUGGUAUACGCCACUAAGCUCCUUUUACGUGAAUGCCGAACCGAUUCAUCCUCGGAUACCGCGUCUCCCAUAAAUUCUCCUUUGCCAUUAUCAGCUGAAUUAUACAAGAGAUGUGCAGAUUUGACAGAAGAAGAUUUUCAAACGCUGGAGUACAUAUUUAUACUUGUCGAUCAUCUCAUUCAUCUCGACGACGAUUUUUUGAUACAAUUUUGUGAUGCAGUUGUUGUUUUGUCGAUUUAUUUGUUGAUGAAGCUCUUUAUUUCGUUUACAUAUAAAACAAAAAUCCGUAUCGUAACAGAUAUCCUCGCCAUUUUAACUCGUUUGAUGAGUAGACUACCUGAAAACAGUGAUGUCAUAGAAAGAACGUUGUUGGCCCAAUCUGAAAAUCAAGACGUCAAUCGGAUCAAAUUUAUAGACUUGUUGCGACAUUCAGAUGCUCUCGUUAGAGAAAGAACCUGUUACUUUUUGUUGUGGUUUGGCAAGACACAGCAUAUCAAGACUAUUAAGAUGUUCUGGAAUUUUGAGGUUAAGGACACUCUGGAAGCUUUGAUGUACGACUCUAUGGAAGCGGUUAGAAAUGCCGCCGAUUAUGCUGUAUCCGAACUCAAAAGUAAGGACUUCUAUAAGGAUGUCAAGUGAAUCAGAAUUCAACGAGACGAGUUGUACAAAUAAUUUUACACAUUGUGAUGUGUAAAAAGGCUGUUACGGUCCAGAUCAACAGUGAUAUGUACAAAUUAUGCCGAUUAAACAGAGAGGACCGCUUUGAAGUUCUUCGAUGAAAUUAUUUUAGCGAAG